AACGAUGGAACCUUUGUGAUUUUUAUUUUACAUUUGUGGGUUUAUCCAAGUAUCGUAGCCCCUGCCAUACCCUAAUUUUCUUUCUUCAAAUCGCGCGCGCUCCUCACUUCGACUUUCCCCCUCCGACAAUCUCGCCGCCAAUUCCCGCCGCGGCUCUCCUCGUCGCCGCCGCUUCUCUCUCUCUCCUGAAACCCUAGAGAGAGAAAAUUCGAACUCCUGAAAUUCAAAAACCCUAAUUCUCUUGUCGCCUUCUUAGCAUAGUCACAGCCAUGUAUGGCGGUGAUGAAGUAUCAGCAAUAGUAAUUGACUUGGGUUCACACACGUGUAAAGCUGGUUAUGCCGGUGAAGAUGCUCCCAAGGCGGUGUUUCCUUCUGUUGUUGGAGCAAUUGAUCAAAUGGAUGUUGAUGAAGCAGAUAAUGGUGAAAAGAAUUCCGCCUCUGCUGCGGAAUCAAAGAAUAAUCUUAAAAAUGAUGAUUCUGACAAGGCCAAGGGACCGAGGAAAUUGUAUGUAGGAUCCCAGUCCUUGGGGUACCGUAGAGACCAUAUGGAGGUGCUGUCUCCGUUUAAGGAUGGAAUUGUUGCUGACUGGGAUAUUGUUGACAGCAUAUGGGAUCAUGCCUUCAGGGAGUGCCUAUUGAUUGAUCCUAAAGAGCAUCCUAUGCUCCUUGCAGAGCCUUCUUCUAACACUCAACAACAGAGAGAAAGGACAGCAGAGCUUAUGUUUGAGAAGUACAAAGCACCUGCAUUAUUUUUGGCAAAGAACGCUGUUCUGACUUCUUUUGCAUCAGGGCGUGCAACGUCAUUAGUUGUUGAUGGUGGUGGAGGAUCAAUAACAGUUGCACCAGUACAUGAUGGUUAUGUUCUUCAAAAGGGUGUGGCAACCUCUCCAAUUGGAGGAGAGUUUCUUACAGACUGCUUGAUGAAAAGCUUGGAAAGCAAGAGUAUUAUGAUAAAACCACGGUAUUCCUUUAGGAGAAAGGAAAUACGCCCGGGAGAGUUUCAGACCGUAGAUCUUGAUUUUCCAAAUACAACCGAAAGCUACAAACUCUACUCCCAGAGAGUGAUUGCUAGUGAUAUCAAGGAAUCUGUGUGCCGUGCUCCAGAUACUCCAUAUGAUGAGAGUGCAUAUUCAAACAUCCCAAUGACCUCAUAUGAGCUUCCUGAUGGCCAGACUAUUGAAAUUGGGGCUGACAGAUUCAAGAUUCCAGAUAUUCUUUUCAAUCCGUCCCUGGUUCAGUCAAUUCCUGGCAUGGAGAGCUUUGCAGAAAUUGCUCCUUCAGUUCGUGGCCUGCCCCAAAUGGUCAUUGAAAGCAUUAGUAAAUGUGAUGUAGACAUUCGAAGAGAAUUGUUUAGUAGUAUACUGCUUGCUGGUGGUACAGCUUCGAUGCAACAACUAAAGGAACGCCUUGAGAAAGACUUGCUAGAGGAAUCCCCUCAAGCUGCCAGAGUAAAAGUAUUGGCCAGCGGGAAUGCUACUGAAAGAAGGUUUAGUGUUUGGAUAGGGGGUAGCAUAUUGGCAUCUCUUGGCUCCUUCCAGCAGAUGUGGUUCUCCAAAUCUGAGUAUGAAGAGCAUGGAGCUUCUUAUAUCCAAAGGAAGUGUCCAUGAGUUGCUGUUGGUUCAAGUUUAAUUUACUGCCAUUGAUUAUCUUGGUGGCUUCAGGAAGUCCUGUGAACGCUGAAGAGUCAUUGUCUACUGAUGGAUUCUUUCCUAUUAAUGGCCAUUUCCAUUAGAUCCCAUUCUAACUACAACAUUAUUAGCCUCAAGAUGCAUCUGAGUUCAGCUAUAACUAAUUUGUAAUGAUGUAAAGUGUGCCUAGUGUCUGUAACAAUGCUCAAUUUAUCAAAUUACAUUUCUCUUCUGUGUA